AUGGGCUUCCACUUUGGACUAAAAUCAGAUACACCUGUUGAAGAUAAUCCCAGUUUGCCUGAAGCCGCUGAAAAGACCGAUGCUCUUGUUGCCACGGAUUCUGUUCUCCAUUCAGAGACUUCAGAAUCCGAAGGUCAAACAGAAGAGACAAAAGGGAAAUGGUAUCAUUGGUUUGAACCUGGAACCAGUCGUAAGGAGAAAAAACUUAUUUUGAAGCUUGAUUUCUUCCUUAUGAUCUACAUGAUUAUUUCGUGGUUCUUGAAGUACUUGGAUCAAACAAAUGUGUCUAACGCCUACGUUUCUGGCAUGAAGGAGGAUCUUAACUUGAAUGCAAACCAGCUUUCUUGGUUCAACACUUACUACAAUAUUGGAGUGAUUAUCGGUUCCAUUCCUGCUACAAUUCUUGCUGGAUAUUUCCGUCCUCGGUUUUUCCUUCCUGCAAUGGACUUAUUGUGGUCUCUCUGCGUUCUUUUCGUUUACAAAGCUCAGAACGCACAAACUAUUUAUGCACUCAGAUUUCUUAUCGGCUUGUUUGAAUCUGCAUCCAAUCCUAGUAAUCACUAUUUGAUUGGUUGUUGGUACAAGAAGAAAGAAAUCAUGAGAAGAUCAAACUUCUUCGUUCUUGCUGGUAUCAUUGGACAGGCAACCUCUUCAUAUAUUCAAUCUGGUUUGAUUUCAAGCAUGCAGGGUAAAAAUAACCUUGAGGCAUGGCGUUGGCUUUUCAUUAUAGAUGCUAUAAUCGGUAUUCCAGUCAUCUUGUUCGGUCUCAUUUUCUUACCUGACUAUCCUCAUAACACAACGGCUUUUUGGCUAAAUGAUUGGGAAAAGAACCGUGCUCUGGAAAGAAUCAAGGAGGAUGGCAGAGUCAGCCAUAAGCUUAACUUCAACCUCAAAUAUCUCAUUCCUGUGCUCAAAUCUUGGCAAAUAUGGACAUUCUCUGUUGGUUAUUCUUUCUGGAUGCUUACUGCAGGUAACUAUAUGCUUCAGUUCUUUGAACUAUACCUUAAGAGUUUGAAAAUUUAUUCAACAUCGUACGUUAACAACUUUCCAACUAUUCUCUCAGGUGUGAACUUUGUUACUAUGCUUAGUACAGGUAUCAUUUGUGAUUUGACCCAACGUAGGGGAGCUGUUUGCUUUUCUGUUGGUUUGAUCGUUCUUAUCGGUUUCAUCAUCACCGCUACGACUCCAGUCGAUCACAUUUCAUUGAGAAAAGCCGGUUACAUUCUUACGGGUACUUACGGUUGCUAUACUCCUAUCCUUGCCGGAUGGUGUAACAUAGUCUGUGGUAAGAAUCCUAUAUUGCGUGCCAUUGCCAUUCCAACCAUGAUUGUCGUUGGCCAAAUUGUCUCGACCCCUUAUCAACAGCAUGUCUUCCCAUCCAGUGAGGCACCACAAUAUUCGACUACUCAUGGUUUCUAUUAUGCCAUAGCAUUUACUGCCUGCUUGCUUGUAUGGACAGGUAUUGGAAUACCGUUGCUUGAGAGGCACUUCAAACGGAGAGAUCAGAUCCAGUUCGAUCGAAAUAAUUCGGAAAAGAAGAAUGAUCAAGAUGAAGAACAGGAAGAUGUUGUCAGUGCCACUGUUGCUUUCUAA